AAUCUUUCAAGUAUUAUGCCCUAUCACUUUUCGCAAACAAUUGACUUAUAUGGACGGCUCAUAUGGAAGAUGAAUAAAAACAACCAACAAUGAUUACUGAAAUUAGGGAUAUGUGUGUUACUGUGUCUUAUUAGAAUGCAAAGUUUCAAAAUAUAAAAAUAACCCUAAGAUGGUGCUAGAAUUUUACUACGACCUCCUUUCUCAGCCGUGUAGAGCCGUUUAUCUGUUUCUGAAAGCUGCGGGUAUUAAGUUCGAGCCAAAGGUCAUUGAUUUGAUGAAAGGAGAAAAUUACAACCCCGAGUUCUUAAAGAAAAACCCUUUCCAUAAGGUGCCUUUAAUAGACGAUGGCGGUUUCAUUUUGGCUGAAAGCGUGACCAUCAUGCGUUAUAUCGCGAUUCAGUACAAGUUACCCGAGCACUGGUACCCACGUGCCGACGUACGGGCCCAAGCCCGCGUCGACGAGUUCCUAAACUGGCAGCACCUUUGUGUUCGUAAGCCUUGCAUGGAGCUCUAUCAUAGCGUGUUUCAGGGCAGCAUUGGCAUAGGUCGUUUCACAAAGCAGCCACUAGUUCAGGAGAAGGUCCAUAGAGCACGCGAGGAGAUCGCUAAGUGCGUAACGCACAUCGCGAACCACUAUCUCAACGGCAAACCUUUUAUAGCAGGCGACUAUAUUUCUGCGGCAGACGUUCUCGGCGUCUGCGAACUGGCGCAGAUUGCCGCAGUUGGAGAGGAGGCCUCGUACGCGAACAACAGGAUCGUGGUAGCAUGGAUGGAAAGGGUCAAGUCAAAACUUCAACCGCAUUAUGACGAAUGCAUGAGAAAACUGGAUGGUUUUAAGAAAAUGAAUGAGGAUGCUAAUGCAGAAAUGGCAUGGGUUGUUUCACAAAUAGCCGCUAGAUCAGGGGAAGGUCCAAACAGCACGCGAGGAGAUCGCGGAAUACUACAUCAGUCAGGGUGCAGAUACGAUAAAUAAAAGUAUCAAUGCGGAAAAUAAUUGAUAAAGCAAUAAAUGACAACAAUAGGAGAAUUUGUUUCGUUGUAAAGUCCAUGUACGCUGAAAUAAUAUAGAAAUGUCUUUAUAUAAUAUAAAGGUCAUACUUACUUCUCUAAUUUAUUUUAUAAUGUCAAUUAAUUUGUCUCGAUUAAAAGGGUAAUUGUGUUAUGUAUUUGGAUUUAAAACGAGCACAUUCGUUGGAUUGAUAUUCCCCGUCACAAAAAAUGUAUGUAUGGAUUGGUGAUUAUCCCUUGAUGUAUGGUCGAAUUCUAACAAAAUAAAACAUAUUUUAUCAAUAA